GGGCAGGGAGAUUAAACCACUUGCCAAAACAAAGAGCAGAACAUGUCUGGAGUGGAUAAGGAACCAGAGAAAACUCUUAGAUCAUGUGAAGAAUGGAGACUUAAAGGAAAUCAAGCUUAUGAAAAGGGUAAUCUAAGAGAAGCAAAGUAUUGCUACACAGAAGGGGUGAAUUGUGUUUCUCCAAAUGAGAAGUCCAUGGCAUGUCUUGAGGCUUUGAUGCUGUGUUAUAGCAACCGUGCUGCAACAAGGAUGUCUCUUGGAAGGAUGAGAGAGGCACUUGUGGACUGUAUGGCAGCUAUUGCAAUAGAUCCUGAAUAUCUCAAGGUUCAAUUCAGAGCAGCAAAAUGUUAUCUUGAGUUGGGAGAAGUUGAAGAUGCAACAAAAUAUUUCAUGAAAUUGAAGUUGCAGUCAGGCCCUGGUAUGACCCCAGACAGAAAACUUGUGAAAGAGGCUUCUGAUGGUCUGCAGAAAGCUGUACAAGUGGCUGAUUAUAUGGAUCAAACUACUGAACUUUUGCAACAGAAAACAUCAUUGGAUGCAGAAAAGGCACUAGAACUAAUCUCCCAGGGUCUUUCCAUAAGUUGUCACUCGGAUAAAUUAAUUGAAAUGAAAGCAAAGGCUCUAUUGAGGAUGCAAAAGUAUGAAGGUGUUAUUCAACUGUGUGAGCAGACUCUUGAUUCAGCAGAGAAAAAUUCUAACCCAGUAGCCUCUGGUGACAUAAACAGCUCAACCAUCUCUCCUGCGAGGCUGUGGAGGUGGCGCCUAAUCUCCAAGUCAUACUUUUAUUUAGGAAAGCUUGAGGAAGCUCUUAAUUUACUUCAGAAGCAAGAACAAGCAGGUUUUAUUACUGAAAAGUGUGUGAUUGUGCGUGAACUACUAAGGCACAAGGCUGCAGGAAAUGAGGCAUUUAAAUCAGGAAGGUAUUCAGAUGCAGUUAGGAAUUACACUUCUGCUAUAUCGGGGAACGACAUCUCACGUCCUUUCGCAGCAAUCUGUAUUUGCAACCGGGCCGCUGCAUACAAAGCUCAGGGGGAGAUUACAGAGGCCAUAGCAGAUUGCAGCCUAGCAAUGGCUCUUGAUGGAGAUUACCCAAAAGCAAUCUAUAGAAGAGCUAGCACACAUGAGAUGAUUAGAAAUUAUGGGCAAGCAAUCAGUGAUCUUCAGAGAUAUAUAUCUCUACUCCAAAAGCAAUCAGAAGAUAAAGCCACUCAUUCUAGUGACAGAUCAACAAGUAAUUCGACUAAAAUAAGUGAAGCUUGUCUGCAACUUACCAAACUAGAAGAAGAAGAAGAAAAGAAAAAUAUACCCUUGGAUAUGUACCUCAUUUUAGGGGUCAGAAAAUCUGCAACAGCAAUGGACAUAAAGAAUGCCUACCACAAAGCAUCUCUUAGGCAUCACCCAGACAAGGCAGGCCAGUUAUUUGCUAGAAGUGGAAUUGGAGAUGAUGGGCUGUGGAAAGAAAUUGCCAAGGAGAUUGAUAAGGAUGCUAACAUCCUUUUUAAAAUGAUUGGAAAUGCAUAUGCAGUACUUCAGGACCCAGUUGAGCGUUUAAUCUAUGAUCGUGAAGAGGAGGAGAGGAAGACCCAGAAGGCAGAGUGAAUUACUCAAUUAGUCAAUGGUUGUUACAUUGGAAUUUCUGUUCGGGGUUGCUAGGCAGGGAUUGGGUGAGGGCGUGAGGCACAGGCUGUUGAAUAAAUGCAGACAAGAGAGAAAUUUUAUCAGAGAUAAUUGAUUAUAGGUAAAUGUUAAAAUAUUGUAAUAUGUAUGAAAACAUUUUGUAAUAUGUAUACAUUGGUUGUAUAUCCUGUAUUCCUGUUGGUGUGUAGACAAGAGAGAAAGCACAUGUAGAUCUAUUA